AUGUUCAACCAGAGUGGGAGACCUACUUGGCGCUGGAAGGCCAAGGGCCCCUGGGUCGGCCCGAAGAAGGGUUCUUGGGUCAAGAUCCUUCGACCAGAGUCCUACUGGUUUCAGACGCGAGGGCAAGUCGUGAACGUCAACCAGAAGCCUGAGGUCAAGUACCCAGUGACCGUCAAGUUCGACCGCGUCAACUACGCCAACGUGAACACCAACGGCUUUGCACUCUGGGAGGUGAUCGAGGCCCCAGCUCCCGGACCUGGCGAAGUCUGA